AUGAGCCCGAAUUCGGAGGCGCCACAGAAUUUGCCAAAGUGUCAAGCUGAGAUGAGAUUCGAUGUGUUGGCGAAGGCUGGAUUGGCGAGACGCGGACAAUUGUUUUUGCCGCAUUCCGUGGUUGAGACGCCCGUUUUUAUGCCGGUUGGAACUCAGGGAACUAUGAAGGUGACUUUUUGCGGGAGGAAAAUCGCUGCAGGACCUGAAAAUUUCAAUUUUCAAGGUCCCGAACCUGAAAAAAUCACUCCAGAACUCGAAUUUUCAUGAAAAUUUCAAUUUUCAAGGUCCUGGACCUGAAAAAUUGCUGUAGAACUCAAAUUCUCAUGAAAAUUUCAAUUUUCAAGGUCCGGAACCUGAAAAUUCGCUCCAGAACCCGAAUUUUCACGAAAAUUUCAAUUUUCAAGGUCCUGAACCUGAAAAAUCACUCCGAAACUCGAAUUUUCAUGAAAAUCCUAAUUUUCAAAGACCCGAACCUAAAAAUUCGCUUCAGAGACCGGAUUUUCAUGAAAAUUUCAAUUUUCAAGGUCCCGAACCUGAAAAAUUGCUGAAGAACCCGGAUUUUUGUGGAAUUUCCAAUUUUGAAGGUCCCGAACCUCAAAAAAUCGCUCCAACACUCGAAAAUUUCAAUUUUCAAGGUCCCGAACCUAAAAAAUCACCACAGGACUUGAAUUUUCAUGAAAAUUUCAAUUUUCAAGGUCCUGAACCUGAAAAAUCGCUGCAAAACUCGAAUUUUCAUGAAAAUCCCAAUUUUCAAGGUCCGGAACCUCAAAAAUUUGCUGCAGAACUCGAAUUUUCAAGGUCCAGAACCUAAAAAAUCACUCCAAAACUCGAAUUUUCUUGAAAAUUUCAAUUUUCAAGGUCCUGAAUCUAAAAAUUCGCUUCAGAGACUGGUUUUUCAUGAAAAUUUCAAUUUUCAAGGUCCGGAACCUGAAAAAUCGCUUCAGUACCGAAAUUUUCCGGAAAAUUUCGAUUUUCAAGGUCCGGAACCUAAAAAAUCACCCCAGGACUUAAUUUUUCAUGAAAAUUCUAAUUUUCAAAAAACCAGAACCUAGAAAAUCACUCCAGAACUCGAAUUUUCAUGAAAAUUUCAAUUUUCAAGGUCCCGAACCUAAAAAAUCACCCCAGGACUUAAUUUUUCUUGAAAAUUUCAAUUUUCAAGGUCCCGAGCCUGAAAAUUUGCUCCAAAAUCCCACAAAAAACUCCUAAACUCUAAAAUUUCCAGGGAAUCCUACCAGAACAACUAAUCGAUAUGGAUUGUCGAAUUCUCCUCUGCAACACCUAUCAUCUCGGUCAUCGUCCAGGCCACAAAAAAGUCCAAAAAGCCGGAGGCCUUCAUAAAAUGAUGAAUUGGCCUCGAUCGAUUUUGACAGAUUCCGGCGGUUUUCAAAUGGUUUCGCUCAGCAAAUUAAUGACAAUCGAUGAAACUGGUGUGAAUUUCGAAAGUCCGCACACUGGAGAAAUGAUGGAACUUCCGCCAGAAAAAUCAAUAGAGAUUCAGCAGGCUUUAGGCGCGGAUAUUAUGAUGCAACUUGAUCAUGUGAUUCAUGUUUUAACCACGGGGGAUGUUGUUCAAGAAGCGAUGCAUCGAAGUAUUCGAUGGUUGGAUCGAUGUAAUAUUGCUCAUACUAGAGAUGAUCAAGCGUUGUUUCCCAUUCUCCAGGGAGGUCUGAAUUUGGAGCUUCGCGCGGAAUGCGCUGCUGAGAUGGCGAAACGAGCGCGAGUUGGAAUUGCGAUUGGUGGAUUGUCGGGUGGAGAGGAAAAGUCGCAGUUUUGGAGGGUUGUUGCGGCGUGUUGUGCGGCACUUCCGCCGCAUUUACCCAGAUAUGUUAUGGGGGUUGGAUUUGCGGUGAGUUGGAUUUUUUGUUUGAGAAAAAUUGAUGUAAUUUCGAGUCCUGGAGCGAUUUUUUCAGCUCCAAAACUUCAAAAAUAGGAAUUUUCAUGAAAAUUUAGGUCCUGAACCUCAAAAAUUGAAAUUUUCAUCAAAAUUUGAGUCCUGAAGCAAUUUUUCAAAGUCCAGGACCUCAAAAAUUGAAAUUUUCAUGAAAAUUCAGGUCCUGAAGCGAUUUUUUAUGUCCAGGACCUCAAAAUUGUAGGAUGAUCCCUCCGAUCUCCUCUUCACCAGGCCUAUCCCCUGGUGAAGUGAAAUAAGAAAAAGAAGGAAUAUUAAAUAUAACUAUUUAUUCAUAGAGCAACUAUAAGCAAAGUAAGCGACCGACCCAGAAUGACUCUGAGGCCGGGCUUAAAUACGGUUGGAACUGGGCGGAGCAUGAGUGGGCCGUUGUGUGUGAUAGCGGUGAUUGGGGGCGCUGAGGAGAUAUGUUGUAAUCGUAAUCCGUGGGUUCAAGAGAAUCCGUGGGUUCGAGAGAAUCCGUGGGUUGUUAUAAGAUACUGCUUGAUUAAUUAUCCUCACAUCCUCGCUUCCCAAAAGAUGGCGUCCCGACAUCUCCGAAUUAAAGCAUUGAGCGGUAGCAAAAUAUUGUUUUACAAGCAGUCUAAAGUAGAACUAUGCGACGAAAUGGUGGUACUUACGUAGAUCAAUCGGAUUUUUGAUCGUUGGAUUUGCUGGCAUUGAUGGUUCGAGUCAAUUUUCGCAGCUCGUGAUCCUGGGUACUGGUGCGAGUGGUUUUCCAUAAUUGUAACUCAGAAUCCGAUAUCUCUCCCCUUUGUAUGCGGCGGUUUAUAAUUCUGCUACUUUCACUGUCCAGCUUUCGGUAGCGUUUGAUGAACCGACGUCGCCUUUGUAUUUCCGCGCGGCAAAUCCGUGCAGCAGGUCCAACAGGUAACUGGCGCACCAAUUUCGAAAUUUCUUUCAAUGGGGCAUUCAUCAGCUUGACUGCCAGUUCUUCCAUUGUCCCCACAAGUAGCUCGACGUUUUGAGUCAUUUCUGAAGUAAGAGUUAGAUAAAUUGGAUUAUCACCCUCUGUUAUUUUCCACCCACUCCCCCUUUUUUUUUUUUUUUUUUUUUUUUUUUUUUUUUUUUUGAAAAAUUGUUGGGUUGAGUUUGGAAAAUAAAUUAAAUUGACGUGACGUGCACGUGGGAGUUGGAUUUCUGCAUUUCUGGUUUGACUCAUUCUCCUUUUGUCUUGCCUUCUCAAUUGGUUUUGUUUGAGUGGCGGAAUGCUUGGACGACGUUUUCCUUCCAAAUACUGCGCACCUCGUUGUUCUUUGGGUGAAUAUUGUGUGCGGAUGAGUGAAGGAGAACCAUUGAGAUGUUUUUCUCCAAUUGAACCAGAAACUUUGAAUUGGGUGCCAUAUGUUGGUGAGUUUUUCUUUUGGUCUUUGGCUUCCGAAGGUGUGAUUUCAGUUGUAGCAGUCGUCCUGUGUCUCUUGGGGAUUGGUAUCUUUGCUGUGCGCAAGCGUCUUCCUGAUGUUUGGAUGUCGAUCUGCGGCAAAUGUGGUCCAAGGCGAGAAAGUGGCGAAGCUGUUUUGCUGGUUGAGAAUGGCGCCUUGAUUGACUGAUUAAUAAAUAAAUUCGGAUAUUUUUGGUUUGAUUUCGUUGAUCAGAAUAUUAUGAUAAGCAUUUCCAUUUCGUUUGUAGACUAUACUAUUUAUGCCAUUUGCUAUGCGAUUUCUAUAAGCUUCCUUUAUAACUACGAGGUCUGACUUUCAUUAGUUGGAGUCAGGCACAAACUUCUUGCAUCGGUCUUUAUGCACGGUCCAUGUCUUGGCUUCUUUAUUUCUGGUGUUAUGUGUCCGGGGUAGAUUGACGGUCACAUUUUCCUUCGUGGUUGCAACCACGGUCAUUGGUUCUGAGAACAGAGAUGAUAUCUUAUUUGUUCUGGCCGUUCGUACCAACACUUGAUCGCCGAUUGCGAUGAUUGUGCCGGUUGGAGGAUUGUGCCUGGUAUAGUUCUGUUUUUGAGAUUCUCGCGCUUUUUGGAUGUUUUCGAGUGUCGCUCGGUGUGUGAACUGCAAGUUCGCUUUGAUUCUUUCGACAUAGUCGUCUUCGUCGCAAUAUCUGCGCACUGGUUGUUGUAAUGCAAUUGAACAAGGUGAUGGAAGAGAUCUUCCAUAAAUGAGUUCGUUCGGCGUGAAUUUGGUUGAAGCUUGAACUGUAGAAUUAUACGCAAAGAUAGCCAGCUGUAAUUCUUCUCGGUGGAACCUCCAUGUAGGAUGAUCCCUCCGAUCUCCUCUUCACCAGGCCUAUCCCCUGGUGAAGUGAAAUAAGAAAAAGAAGGAAUAUUAAAUAUAACUAUUUAUUCAUAGAGCAACUAUAAGCAAAGUAAGCGACCGACCCAGAAUGACUCUGAGGCCGGGCUUAAAUACGGUUGGAACUGGGCGGAGCAUGAGUGGGCCGUUGUGUGUGAUAGCGGUGAUUGGGGGCGCUGAGGAGAUAUGUUGUAAUCGUAAUCCGUGGGUUCAAGAGAAUCCGUGGGUUCGAGAGAAUCCGUGGGUUGUUAUAAGAUACUGCUUGAUUAAUUAUCCUCAAAAUUUUUAAAAAAACAAAAUUUUUAAAAAAAUUUUUCAAUUCACAAUGAAUUUUCAAGGUCCUAAACUUCAAAAAUUGAAAUUUUCAUGAAAAUUUGGGUUCUGAAGCGAUUUUUCAGCUCCAAAACCUGAAAAAUUGAAAUUUUCACGAAAAUUCGAGUUUUGGAGCAAAUUUUCAUGUCCAAGACCUCAAAAAUUGAACAUUUUCAUGAAAAUUCAGGUCCAGGACUUUGAAGAUUGAAAUUUUAUGUAAAUUCGGUUCCUGCAGCGAUUUUUGAGGUUCGGGACCAUGAAAAUUGAAAUUUUCAUGAAAAUUUCGGCCCUGGAGCGAUUUUUAAGUCCAGGACCUUGAAAAUUCCAAAAAUUCGUGGGACCUUUGGAAUUCCACGCUUCAAAAUUCAAAUUUUCAUGAAAAUUUUUCCUGGAGCGAUUUUCGAAGUCCUCAAAAAAUCUGAAAAUGAAUCGAAAUUUCAAAAAAAAAACUUUUUUUUCAAAUUCACGUGAAAUUUUCAAUUUUCAAAGUCCCGAACUUCAAAAAUCGCUCCAGAACCCGAAUUUUCAUGAAAAUUUCAAUUUUCAAGGUCCCAAACCUUAAAAAUUGCGCCAGGACCUAAAUUUUCAUGAAAGUUUCAAUUUUCAAGGUCCUGAACCUAAAAAAUUGCUCCAGAACCCGAAUUUUCAUGACAAUUUCAAUUUUCAAGGUCCCGGAACCUGAAAAAUCACCCCAGGACCUGAAUUUUCAUAAAAAUUCAAUUUUCAAGGUUCUGACCCUCAAAAAUCGCUGCAAGACCUAAAUUUUCAUAAAAAAUUUCAUUUUUCAAGGUCUCGAACCUCAAAAAUUGCUCCAGGACCUGAAUUUUCAUAAAAAUUCAAUUUUCAAGGUUCUGACCCUCAAAAAAUCGCUGCAAGACCUAAAUUUUCAUAAAAAAUUUCAUUUUUCAAGGUCUCGAACCUCAAAAAUUGCUCCAGAACCCGAAUUUUCGCGAAAAUUUCAAAUUUCAAGGUCCUGAACCUCAAAAAUCACUUCAAAACACAAAUUUUCAUGAAAAAUUUAAUUUUCAAGGUUCUGAACCUCAAAAAUCACUUCAAAACACAAAUUUUCAUGAAAAAUUCAAUUUUCAAGGUUCUGAACCUCAAAAAUCACUUCAAAACACAAAUUUUCAUGAAAAAUUCAAUUUUCAAGGUUCUGAACCUCAAAAAUCGCUCCAAAUCCCCCAUUUUCCAGGUUGAUCUCGUAAUUUGCUCUCUCCUUGGUGCUGAUAUGUUCGAUUGUGUUUUUCCCACGAGAACAGCUCGAUUCGGAACUGCUUUGGUUCGAAAAGGCGGACAAUUGUCGUUGAAUCAAAAACGAUUCGAAGACGAUUUUCGACCGAUUGAUGAAAAAUGCGAAUGUGAUACUUGCAAGAAUUAUACACGGGCUUUUAUUCAUUCGGUUAUUAAUAAGGUUGGUUUUUGGGGGAUUUUGGAGGAUAAUUUGAAUAUUUCACGUGGAUUUUUGUUGGCGCCAAAUUCAAAAUUCGAAAAUUUCAACGCCAAAAAUCCACGUGGAAAUUUUUAAAAUUCAAAAGUUCAGGCGCCAAUAAUCCACGUUAAAUAUUUCGAAUUUCCACGUGGAUUUUGGGCGCCAAAAAUUUUGAAUUUAGAAAUUUCCCAAAAUCUGAUAUGAUUUUUUUUGAUAUUUUGAUUUUUUGAACUUCAAAGCCAAUUUUUACCCCUAAAAACGAAAUUCCGAAUUUUGAGUUCAAAAAUGACUUUCUAGGAGCGGCUCCUUGAUAACUAGGCUCUAAAGGCGCCGCUCCUUGUCAUGCUGGAUUUCUCGACGCCGCUCCUAGACGAUUAGGUUCUCAAGGCGCGGCUGCUUGAAAACUAGGCUCUAUAGGCGCUGAUCCUUGACAAUUGAACCAUCUCGACGCCGAUCCUAGACAACUAGGCUUUGAAGGCGCUGAUCCUUGUCUGAGUAGAUUUCUCGACGCCGCUCCUAGACAAUUGAAGCCUCUCGGCGUGGCUCCUUGAAAACUAAGCUCUAUAGGCGCUGAUCCUUGACAAUUGAACCCUCUAGGCUCAGCUCCUUAAAAUCUAGGCUCUCAAGGCGCGGCUCCUAGACAGAGUGGAUCUCUAGGAGCCUAUCCUUGAGGAAUGAUUUCUCGGCUCCGAUCCUUGAAUUAGGUGACCCUGAAUAAUUUUUCAAUCAAUUUUCAACCAAUUUUGAAGAAAAAUCCUCUUGUAUUAUAAGAAAUUCAUAUUUUUCUUCUUUUUUUUCAAAAAUAAUUUUUCUGGAUUCCUUCCCCAUUUUGAUUCUGAUUUGAAUUCCCCUUGAUUUUUUGUUGCAAAAUUUCGGUGUUAUCAAAAAAAAACCAUCUUUUCAUAUUCUGAUGUAACCUGAUCGACCCGAAAAAUCAUUACAAAAAAGAAAAUUCAAUAACAAAUGCCUGCUAUUAUAAAUAACACUUUUAAAACCUUGAAAAUUUUCACUGUUUCGUCGACAAAUGAUUUUUUUAUUGUUCAUUCAAUUGUCUCAGAAAACUAUCUGUUAGCAAAAAAGAGGCAACACCACAAAAAAAUUGCAUUUUUUUUUGUUUGAUUUGAGAAUUCGCACGUGGAGGGAAGCCAUCAGUUCAAACCAUUAGUGAUAAAAAUGAGAGAUAUGGGCUCUUUUUUUGCUCUUACACUCGGGUAAACAAAACUUGAGAAAGAAAAAGAGAAGGAUUGGGUUUCACUAGAAAAUUUUGAAAAAAAUGUGAAGAUUUACAAUUUUCAAGGUCCGGAACCUAAAAAAAUCGUCGCAGGUCCCAAAUUUUCAUUAAAAUUUCAUUUUUAAGGUCCUGAACUUGAAAAAAUCGCCGCAGGACCUAAAUUUUCAUAAAAAUUUCGAUUUUCAAGGUCCUGAACCUAAAAAAUCGCCCCAGGACCCGAAUUUUCAUAAAAAUUUCAAUUUUCAAGGUCCUGAACCCAAAAAAAUCGCUCCAGGACCUGAAUUUUCAUUAAAAUUUCAAUUUUCAAAGUCCUGAACCCAAAAAAAUCGCUCCAGGACCCAAAUUUUCAUUAAAAUUUCAAUUUUCAAGGUCCUGAACCUAAAAAAAAUCGCUCCAAAACGCAAAUUUUCAUAAAAAUUUCGAUUUUCAAGGUCCUGAACCUAAAAAAUCGCCCCAGGACCUAAAUUUUCAUGAAAAUCUCGAUUUUCAAGGUCCCGAACCUCAAAAAUCGCUCCAGGUCCCGAAUUUCAUUAAGAAGAAGAAGAUGAUCGUUGUUUCGUUAAUCAUUUUCACUUUUUUCUCGAAUUCAGCCAACAAACCCUAUUUUUCAUCAUAAUUAUUAAGAAGAAAACGUGUUUUAUUUUUUCUGAUCAAAAUCACAAACCUUUCCCUUUCCCCUCUAUCUAUUUAUUGAUCAUUUGCUCUUUUUCGUCAUGGUCUCCCAUUUUCUUUUUUCUCUCGUUUUCUCUGCGUCUCUCGCCCACGUGUAUCUCUCGUCGUCCUAUAGAAAAAGAAAAGAGAAGAAAAAGAAGAUCAAACCGUCAAAAUGAUGUAAAAAGUUUAUUUGUUUCUUAGACAAGGUGGUUUUUUAUUGAUAUUUUUUCGAGAAAAAGAAGAAGAUGAUUCGGGAAAGUUCAAGAACCAAAUAGGAAAGUAGAUCAAAAUUUGGAGGAUUUAGAAGAGAUUCUGAAUUGUUAGCUAGAAUUUUUUAUGAAAAUUCAGGUCCUGGAGCGAUUUUUGAGGUUCGGCACCUUGAAAAUUGAAAUGUUCAUGAAAAUUUAGGUCCUAAAGCGAUUUUUGAGGUCCUAGACCUUGAAAAUUGCGAUUUUCAUGAAAAUUUAGGUCCUGAAGUGAUUUUUUAGGUUCUGGACAUUGAGAAGUGAAAUUUUCAUGAAAAAUUAGGUCCUGGAGCGAUUUUCAGUCUCCAAAACUUCAAAAAUUAAAAUUUACAUGAAAAUUCGGGCUCUGGAGCGAUUUGUGAGGUUCGGGACCUUGAAAAUUGAAAAUUUAGAUUCUGGAGCGAUUUUUUAGAUUCAGGACCUUGACAAUUGAAAUUUUAAUGAAAAUUUAGAUUCUGGAGCGAUUUUUUAGGUUCAGAACCUUGAAAAUUGAAAUUUUCAUGAAAAUUUAGGUCCUGAAGCGAUUUUUUAGGUUCCAGACCUUGAAAAUUGAAAUUUUCAUGAAAAUUUGGGUCCUGGAGCGAUUUUUGAGAUUCCAAGAUCCAAAAAAUUGAAAUUUUUAUGAAAAUUCGAAUUUUGGAGUUAUUUUUUAGGUUCCGGACCUUGAAAAUUGGAAUUCUCAUGAAAAUAUGGGUUCUGAAGCGAUUUUUCAGGUUCCGGACUUUGAAAAUUGAAAUUUUUAUGAAAAUUCGGGUUCUGGAGCGAUUUUCGAGGUUCUUGACUUUGAAAAUUGAAAUUUUCAAAAUUUUUCAUGAAAAAUGAGCUAAAUUUCUCAAUUUUUCAAAAUUCGAGCUCUAAAAAUGUAUAAUUUUUCAAAAAUUUGAAAAUUUCAUGCACAAAAUUUAAAUUUACAGCAACUUUUGUGAAAGUGAAAUUUUUUUCGAAAUUUAGAGUUCCCGUGUAAAAAUGUGCUCAUUAUUUCAACAAAAUUAGAAAAUUUCAAGUGAAAUUUCAAAAAUUUUGCGAUUUUUCAUUUCGAAAAUUCAGAAAAUCCCGUGUGAAUUUGAACAAAACCCCGAAUUUUUAAAAAAUUCGAAAUUUCAAAAAUUUUUUGCUUCCCCCAAUUUCAAAAAAAAAUCAAAAAACGUACUUGAUAUUUGGGGAAACCCCUUUUCUUAUCAAUUUUCUCUCCACUUUUUUAAUCACCCCACUUCCUGCAAAAUUUGAUGUUUGACUUGAGAAUUUCGAAGAAAAAUUCAAAAUUAUUUCAGGAAACUAUCGGAUGUCAUUUGAUAACUGUUCACAACAUCAAACACCAGCUCGAUUUAAUGGCAGAUGUUAGAAAAUCGAUCGAAUUGGAUCAAGUUGAGAUAUUUCUAAACAAUUUCUUGUCAGAUGUUUAUGGUCCGAUUGAUGACGAAGGUUCUAAGGGAAAAGAAAUCCCUCAAUGGGUCCGUGAUGCGGUUAACCAUAUGGGUUAUAAGCUUAGUUGUUGA